AUGGCUCCAAAGAGUGCUAAGAAAGUGGUGGUUAGAUCCACAAGGAAAGUUGUUCAAGAAAGUGUGCAAGUUUCUGUUGUAAGCAGCCACAAAAGAUCAACACGAGGUAACAACAAAGAUGUUGAGAUAGAUAAAGAUGCAGGCAAUGCUACUCAACAAGAGCAUGUGAGGAUCAUUCCUGUUCAAGAAGUGACUUCUCAAACCAAAGAGGAUACAAAUACAAACACAAACACAACCACUGUCACUUCUGAAGACACAACAAAUCAAGAAAACACUCCAAAUGAUGCUACAAUGGAACCCAAAACCCCACUCUCGAAUAAAGAGCAGGAGAAAAAGGUUAGGACCAAGGAAGGAGGAAAUGAUGGUAAAGGAAAAAGGAAGAAGAAAAGGGGGAGGAGAAUGGGUGAAGGGUAUCAGAGAUAUGUGUAUAGGGUACUAAAGCAAGUGCAUCCUCAAAUGGGGAUUUCAUCUCAAGCUAUGACUAUUCUGAAUAAUUUGAUGAAUGACAUGUUUGAGAAGCUAGCUGAUGAAGCUGCAAAACUGACAGCGUACACAAAACACAUGACACUAACGUCGAGGGAGAUUCAAGGUGCAGUGAAACUGGUUUUACCAGGAGAACUUGGAAAACAUGCUAUUGCUGAAGGAGCCAAAGCUGUUACCAAUUAUGUAUCUUAUGUUGCCUGA